AACAACAGAUUGCAAAAAUUACAGGCCUUUUUUUCUUGAUCCUCGCCAAACCAUCGCAGAAUUCUAUGCCUCCUUUUUUCAUUCCCCAUUUUUCUUUGUUUUCUUGUUCCCUCGUUUUAUUCUCAUUCCCUCUAAAUUCUUCACAAAUGAACAAUUUCCUCCCAAAGCCCUAAAUGACCGUCAAGUCUCUCCUCCCCCCAGGAAAUCGCCUCCACCAUAGUCAACCGGCAUCGCUCGUCUUUGAAGCCUCUGAAAGGAAAACCUAAUCAUAAAGCACAUGCUAGUUGGCUUUCCUUUCGGUCCGUCUCCUUUCCUUGUUGACUCGCCACUUAAUUCCCAGAUAACGCCUUUCGAUCUAUUGGUUCAUCAUAUAUUGUUGAUUUAGAUCGUACAACUGCUCAGCAGUAACAGCGGCGUCGAUCACCAGCGGUGUCGAUCACCUAAUAGCGUAGCGGCGGCGGUUCUGUUGGUGAUCUAGAACACUUUGAAAACUUUUAGUAAUUACAAAAUUACUAACAAAAACGCACAACGAAAGCAAGAAAUCGAAAACGCACAACGAAAGCAAGAACGGUGGGUAGCAGCAAACAACUGAAAUCGACAGGUCCAAAAUGUUUGAAGGUUCCAAAAACGAUACAAGCAUCAAUCCCCGAUGUUGGGUUGCUAUGAAUUUCAAACAAUCAAUUUCAUACGCACUUCUCCAGAUUGCAGGUAAAUCAACUUACUACAGACGAAGAUUAAAACUACAUCUUCAGAAAAUUAGGAGUAGUGUAAGACCAAUGUAUGUUGGUGGUUCUAUUGAUGGCUAUCUUAUGAAGGAGGCUUAUCGGGAUAUGGCAUCUGCACUUUCCAAGGCUGAUGGAAUUGACUAUACUGACCCUGAAGAGCUGGAGUUAUUGGUUGCAACAAUAAUGGAUCUUAAUGCAAUGGAUGGUAAAGGGAGUGUGUCGUUAUUGGCAGAGUGUUCAACUUCUCCUGAUGUCAAUACAAGGGGCUCUUCGGUUUGCUCAGGAGAUUGUCCUCCUGAUGCCAUUCUCCGUCACGAAGAGUGCAACAAGGCUAACAAAAUUGCAUAUUAUUCUGAAUUGCAUAACAUUUGAAUUCCAGAGUUCUUGGGUGGUACCUACAACUGUAUUGAUAAGGUUGGUUGCAUGUGAUCAAAAAAGGGUCAAUGGCACCAAAGACCAUGAAGGUUAGUUUUGUGAUUUUAUUACUAAUUAAAAAAAAAAUUAGUUUUGGUGUGGUAGAUGGCCCAUUAUGGUCAAUACAAAUGUUCAAAGAUCAAACCCCAAAAGAGAAAUUUCUGAAGACUAAUAUGCAAACACGGUAUUUUCUUUCAUCAACAUGUUUUUUCAUAUAUUUUUUGGUCGGAAUCGGAAUUCAAUUCCAUUAUAGUCCUGCAUUUAGUUUAGUUUCAAAUGAGUUAUGAGUAGACAAUAAUGUCCCUUAUCAACGGAAAAGCAUGCUUCCAACAAACACCAUGUGUCCUUCCAUUGCAGAAAAAAGUAAGUAGAACUCCCUGUCAGUUAAGUUUUGUUUCUUCUUUUUGUUUUGUUGAUUAAAUUUCUAGUUUAGUUGUUUGUUGCAAUCCAUUCCUUUUUGACAUAUUGAUGAAGAAAUUUCUUUCUUGCAGGAAAUAUCACAACUCCCUGAUCUCAAUCUUAAACAAAAAGUAGAAGAAUUCAGGAGUUUAGUAUCAUCAGCUUAGUAUCAUCAGCUGAUAAUUUUAAAAAGUUUUGGAAUUCAUCUCCUUAUCAUUUGGAGGAUCCGAGUGAAGGUGGUAAAAAGAAUAGAAGUAUUAUUAGAAGGCCUCCACAUGAUGUUGACUAUUGACUAUGUUCCUGCAGAACUAGUUGGAAAGAAUGUGAGGCCUAUGAAGAAGAAAAAGACCCAAUGGGAUCUAAAGUCAGGCCUACAGAGAUUGAAUUUAUUUGAAAAUAUGAGACGUAAUUGAAAUUUUGGUACAUAUACUUGGAAAUAAGAUUUUGUUACAUUACUAAAUUUUGAUAUUUGAUGAUUUUGAUGGUUUUGGUAAAACAUUGAUAUUUGAUGUUUUUGGAUGUUUUGUUAAAAUUUCAUAGUUGAUUAUGGUAUUUUAAUAUUAGUGUUUGGUUUUGGAUUGUAUAAUAAUUUGAUAUUUUUUAGUA